AUGGCAAUCACGAGACACUGGGGCCCCCGUUGGGGUGUGGGGCGUGGAAAGGAUGUUCACCGCCGGCACGGCCGGAAAUCCGCCACUUCGGCUCUCGAGGGAAUAGAGCGCUACGAGGUUCUACCAGAGCUCGGGCGGGCCCCGGAUGCGUCUGUAGUUGAGGGGUUUGACGGUGAAGGGGAAUGGGAGGUUAGAGAUGGGGUGAGAGGAGAGCGUCAACUGAUCGGGACGUGUCGGAGAGAUUCCGGGUUACAGCGGUUUCGGAUUCGUUCAUCCACGGGGGGUGGCCUGGCGAUUGGGUCGAGUUGGCAAGGGCAGGGGACCAGUGGGACUUGCUUGCUCGACGUUAAAGAGUUUGAUUCAAACCAUUCCUAUAUAGAAGAAGUUGAUUGUCCGAUUCUAGUGUGGUGCUCCGGCGGGCGAACCGCUACAAGAACUUCUAGUCUACACUCUACCACCAGCCCCUGCCGGGUGA